UUAAUAAAAUCACAAUUCUCUUCCUCUUGUUCUUCUUCUCCAAUUCCAUUUAAAUUCUUCUCCAAUCACAAUCACAGUAGCUAUAGCUAAUAUGGCUGAUAAGGUUACAACUAUGGUGCUGAAAGUUGAUCUUCAAUGCCCCUGUUGUUACAAGAAGAUCAAGAAAAUCCUCUGCAAAUUCCCUCAAGUUCGUGACCGUGCAUUUGAUGAGAAACAAAACACGGUCACCAUCACUGUAGUUUGUUGCAAUCCUGAGAGACUCCGGGAUAAAUUAUGUUGUAAGGGUAGAAAGGUCAUUAAGAGUAUCGAGAUCAUAGAUCCCCCUAAGCUCAAACCUGCUCCUGCACCUGCACCAGCACCAACACCAACACCAGUGCCAGUGUCUGUCCCUAAACCAACACCAGUACCAACUCCAGUGCCUGUGUCCGUCCCUAAGCCAGCACCAGUUCCAGUGCCAGUUCCUGUCUCUAAACCAGCACCGACACCAGCUCCAGUGGUAGUGCCGGUACCUGUCCCUAAACCAACACCUACUCCAGCUCCAAUUCCAGUGUCUGUACCUAAACCAACACCAGCACCAGUACCAGUGACUGUCCCUAAACCAGCUCCAGCUCCCGUGCCUGUCCCUAAACCAGUUCCAGUUCCAGCUCCAGUGCCUGUGGUGCCAGCACCAAAACCACAAGUACCUGAACCAAUACCAAACCCCAUACAAGGACCAUUUGGAUAUCCCUGUUGUUUGGAUUGUUACGAGGGGAGACCAGGAGGGCCGUGUUAUCAAGGUUAUGGAAGAAGAACAUGUUGUGACGAAUGUUAUGGAGGGAAUUCAGGAGGGCCAUGUUAUGAAGGUGAUAAUUACUCAUGGAGACCUGUGUCUACUUGUGACAACUAUGGUUACUAUGGUCGUAGGAAUUAUCAAGUCAGUCCAUGUAACUACUUUAAUGAAGAAAACACAGAAGGAUGUGCUAUUAUGUGAGUAACCUAAAAUAUUGAUGGGUCUUGUACUUUCUUCAUUCUUUUACCCAUCUUUCAUUUUUUCAAUUCUAUAAUGUAAAUCCAGUGUGUGUAUGUGUGUGUUACAUCAUAAUAAUACAUGGUAAAGCUGCUUAUCUCAUUCUGGGUCCAAAAUUGCUGGCCAGAUGAUGUAAAAAUCAUAGUACAAGAUUCUACAAUAAUUACUUAUACUCUUCAAUAAAAGAGACUUCCUAUUUGUCUUGUAUCAUCCAUAA